AUGCCCGUGUCGACCUUUUCGGCUGGGAGCGAGGCUGUGAGGAGUAGUCAUGGGCCGAUGAUCGAGCGAUGGAACAGCACCCGAGAUAGGAUUGCGAGGGACGAGCGAAGGACAAGUAACAGUGAGAUCACGGAGAUGGAUGGGACAGGCUUGCAUGAGAGGCCGAACUGGCCGCUCGCAGAUGCUAUUUUCCCAGAACGCAGUGUCAGCCCAGACAAGGAUGAGCCAAGAGCACAAGAGGCCGAGGUAAUGCAAGAUGCCGUAAUCAGGAGGAGUGAAGAUGUAGCAAGUCCUGGGCCAGAUGGAAGAUGGCGUGAUGAGUUGGGAGGAGAAGAUGAUGGCCACGAGGACGGCCGUGUCAGUGAUAUUGAGGAGGAUGUGGAGGAUGAUGAGGCCGUGGCAGGAGCGGAGCCAACACUUGGUCCAGAGGCACGAACACGAUUGCAGGAUCAGAUAAAGGCACCACAACGAGAAGCAGCGCCCAGUAUAUCGCCAAAUCGCAGCUCUCUGUCCGGUAGUUCGCGGCGGCCCUCCAGUGGGAAGAGACGCGUCCCGUCAAUCGCAGACAGUGCAAGCUCACGAAGCCCUCGAGCUCAAUAUGCUGUACAGCACCCAGAUCAAUCUCGCAUUCUGGCCCCAGAGGUUUCUCCCCUCAGAAUAGGGUGGCCGUCACCAACAUCCAUGGACGAUGUAUCACAGUUCGGAAGCACAAAUGGCGAUCACAUGUCGCAGCACUCGCCGCGUUCUAGAUCCGUGCGUAGAUCUAGCGGAGACGGAGCGAGCGAGAGGGAUUUCCAGGCUCCGCAAAGUCCUCGUACGAUCACAUCACAAUAUAUUGCGGAAAGCAGGCGAGCAUCAUCAAGCUCGGUACUACCACAACGCAACGGCACACUCAUAGUAGAAGCACAACCGACGGCGAACGGACACGAGAGAUCUGGUUCUAUGGUAAAAGGCCCACUACCAUCCCGCAGCACUUCACGAGCUUCGAUGUCAACAACACACAUCCCAAUGAACAAGGAUAGGGUGCGCUACAGCUGGCAGUCGAUGAAAGAUGAUGAACCCAAUCGACCACGAAUACACAUCAUCAAGCUUGUAUCGGAAGUGGCGACAGCUUCGGCAGGCUUCCCAGGUGGCGAGGCAUUUGGGUUCAGCAUUUCGCCUGCAGGGCGAAGGAUAGCAGUGUACAAUAGUGCAAGGCUGUACGUGCUGCAAACGGCGGCACUACCUGUGGGCAUCAGUCAGGACUAUGCGCUCAAGCGGCGACCACUUGCUGUAGAAAUUGUGGACGAGGGCGGGUCUAUGGCGAUCCUGGCGGAUGCGCAUACCAUCAAUAUCUACGAUCUCGGACAUCAACGACUGAGACGAACGAAGACGAUCAAGACUGACUUUCCUACAAAUUGUAUUGCUCUGGCACCCACAGGAGGCUUGAUUGCAACAGCGUAUGAGGGUGGUGUCGAGAUUUUCAGCUUGGACCCGAAUGCGCUGCCCACAGACCGUCGAGCAGUCCGAAGUCAGCGAAUGGAUCGCUUGGCCUUCUCUGCAGAUGGCUCGACCUUAGUUGGCACAACUACACGUAUCAAUGUGAGCUCGACGGUCGUGGUCUCGGUUCCUGUGUAUCCUGUCGCAACCAACGGCACUCCAACACACCAAGAGCUCAAAGAAGCUUGGUGCUCAGAGCUCCUGCAUCCCGAGAAUAUUCGAAACAGCAGUCACGCGACAUUCUUGCGCGAAGGACAAGCUUCAUGCAACGAUCGGCUCUUCGCGUGGAACGGUGCUGCGGAUACUUUUGGCAUACUAAACGUGGAGGAUAUGCAGUAUGGCAACAUCGACUUCCCUGUUGUGAUCUCGCCACCACUUUCGACAUGCGGUGGUUUGGGUGCAGCAAUACAUAGUUGUCCAGCCAUCGACGAGCACGGGGAUACUGUUGCGAUGAUUGUCAACGAUCGCACGAUUAGGCUUUACAUUGUGCCGCCGCGCGUGGGUGAUGACGAGACGACCGUAGAAGCACACUCGAUCGAUCAUGAGCUUGAUGAAGGAUAUGGCUGCCCUUUCAACGAGGUGCGUUGGGUAUACAGUACUGCCUCCUUACCGGCACCGAUCAGUGGUCAAGCACAAGUCAAAGGUCGCCUGAUUGUUACGAGUCCUGGUGGCGUGGUCGAGCAGGGUCUGAACGGCGAGGACAUGGUCGACGACGUUGAAGGCGGCCGCAUCAUCCUCUUCGACUUCGAUCCGCAGUUUUCUGGCCAGCCUGGACAAACAUUCAGUCUGACUCUUGGCAAGAGCCCACCGCAGAUGCUCGAGGAGCAGCAGGUGGACGUUGCAGACGAAGUGGCGCUCGUGCGGCGGCGGACCGUAAAUCAGAGCAAAGGAGGUGGGUUGAGCUCGAGGCCUGUCACGCUGGGUCGAGCCGCAACACAGUUCAACAGUGGCGGACCUCGCAGUAUUCGCGCACCUAGUCCGAACUUCUUGCCACGGCCGAACAGAUCGAGUAUGAUGAGUUUGCAGUCUUUGCAGUCGGAGGCUGUGCGCUCACUGCCAGAUCUCGCCGAGACUCCAGAGAACAGCGAAGGCUUCGAGGAGCCUUAUGCGCAGAACGCGCCACGUAGUCAAGCUAGUCUGCAGCGAGCAGCGUCAAACGCGCAACGGCAUCGAUUCCAGACACUUGAGGAGCGCAAUCAGGAACGUGUCUCCGUCGACUCGACUGGGAACUUCUUACCUUUGCCAGAGUACAGCGAGGAGCCGAACGCACCACUGCCGAGCCGAUUUCGAGCUAUGGCUGGUCUCGAUGCGCCACCACAGCCUCCGCCGAAGCCAAGUAUCGUCACGAGCUCAGGUGGGACCACUGUUGGUGGAACGGCGGCCACCGCACCAGCCACAGCUCCAGCUGGUACAGCCGAGAGCUUCAAUGCGGAUGAAGCAUUCAGGACUGCUGCAGCGACCUACUCGGGUGUGUCGCAGAGUCGACAAGACGCUGUGGCUGCAGCCAUGCAAGCGCCGAGUACUUCAGGCUUCUCAAGGAGUGAGACCUUCAACUCUAUCAACUCUAUGCCAAGGAGCCUCCAGCGUGCCUACAGCAACGCUAUCUCUCCUUUGGGAUCUGGCCCUGCGCCGAGUCUUAUCGGCGACUGGGAAAAUGUCAGCCCCGUGACAAGAUCUGGCACGCUGAUCAAUGGCACUUUCUCGCCUGCCUCCGCGACCUCGCGCGUGCCAGAAAACGAACAAUGGGACGCGAUCUCGGUGGCUCCCAACUCGACAUCGGGGAACUCGUCGCCCUUCAGCCGAGCGCAGCAAGCUUCGAACCCAGCUUAUCGCCACUCCACAUCCCUGUUCAACCCACCAGGACACGGCAGCGGCGCCAUACCAAAUCGUAUGCCCAGCAACGCCUCCUCAUUCAACACGAUGAACUCCACCACAGCCUCUUCCAGUCGCAUGGGGCCAUACAGCCCAUUAGGCGUAAGCACAAGUCGCAGACUACCGCCACAUAUGCAAACCUUCCGCACAGCAGCCGCAGCCAACGCCAGCGCCAACGCUUCAGCAUCCCUGUUCCUGCCAACACAUGAAUCAGACCACGUCCCUCUCCGCGUACCACCAGCUAAUGCAGGCUCAGUACCCCAUCCAGUCAUGGCAUGGCAUCCCCCGGCCGCUUCCUCGAUCUCAGGCCCACCAGGCACAUCGCCUCGAGGGGGACAUAGCAGGAAGAGCAGUCUAGCUGGUCGAAGUGCUUUCGCUUCUACGGAGAAGGCGAGGAAGUUGGGGUUCUUCAAGAAAAGUAAGAAACAACCGUUCAUGCCUGGUGGGUACCCGGAAGAUAUGCAGGGCAGUUUUAACGGCGGAGGGAGAGGCAAUGAGAGUUUGAUGGAGACCAGGAGUACUAUGACUUGGCGGACUAGAGGGGAGGGGAAGUGUGCAAUGAUGUGA